ACAAAAGAUAAGAUAUGUGGAUGGUCUUACUUUUGUCUCUAUAAUUUAAGAAUCUUAAUUUUUGCAAACAAAUUAAAAUAAUGGAGAAAAUUGGGCAGCUUACAUUUACAGAUCCAAUUUCAUUAUCAUCACAAUCAAGAACAAAACUUAUCAGUCCAUUGUUACUCAUCCAUUCUUUUGGUAAACACUCGCUGAAAUUGCAGCAAGAACAGCCUCAAUUGUUCAAAGGAAAUGGGAGGAGAAGAAUUCACUGCAGACAUCAAAUCAUUAUCAGUGCAUCAUCAUCACCAUCUCUCACUACUAAUGGCGGCAGCAACAUCUUGGAAAUAAGUGAGAUAAAAGAGAAUUCUAAGAAAUGGAAAUGGAGGGGAAAGUACUCUAUCAAUUACUUUGUGAUUCAAUCCUCUUCUUCUGCUACUAAUGAUUCUAUGAAGCCUCCUUUGCUUCUGAUUCAUGGAUUUGGUGCAUCAAUUCCUCACUGGAGGAGGAAUAUGAAAGUAUUAGCUGAGAAUAACACUGUUUAUGCAAUUGAUUUACUUGGUUUUGGUGAUUCAGAUAAACCAUCUGAUUUUGCAUACACCAUGGAAUCAUGGGCGCAGUUGAUAUUGGAUUUCUUGGAUGAGGUUGUUCAGAAACCAACUGUAUUGGUUGGUAACUCUAUUGGGAGCCUUGCAUGUGUCAUUGCAACCUCAGAGUCAGGAUCUAGCCGGGUUCAAGGGCUGGUGUUACUAAACUGUUCUGGUGGCAUGAACAAUAAGGCAGUUGUUGAUGAUUGGAGAAUCAAGCUAUUGUUGCCUUUGUUUUGGUUGAUCGACUUCUUGUUGAACCAGCCAUUUAUUGCAUCAGCAAUUUUCGAGCGUGUCAAACAAAGAGAGACCCUGAAGAAUGUUCUAUUAUCUGUUUAUGGAAAUAAAGAUUCCGUGGAUGACGAUCUAGUAGAGAUCAUUAAAGGACCAGCUGAUGCUGCGGGAGCACUCGAGGCUUUUGUGUCUAUUAUCACAGGUCCGCCAGGACCAAACCCGAUUAAGUUGAUGCGAAGGAUUACGCAACCUGUUCUUGUUUUAUGGGGCAAUGAAGAUCCUUUUACACCACUUGAUGGUCCUGUUGGAAGGUUUUUUUCUUCUCUACCUUCUACUUCACCAAAUAUAACCCUUUCUAUCCUAGAUGGGGUGGGGCAUUGUCCUCACGAUGACAGGCCUGAAUUGGUACACGAAAAAUUGCUCCCCUGGUUGGCUUCUCUUCCUUCUUCAUGAUUCUUGAAGGAUAUCACCAGUAAAUGUAAUUCAAAACUCUUGGAGCAGAGAUUGAACUCUCUUGUGUCCUAAUUGAUCAUCAAAGCGAAGUAGGCUACAUUACCUUUCACGACUUUAUAUAAACUUUUGACAAUAAAGAAAAAGUGUAUAUAUUGGUCGACCAGUUAUUACAGCUUAGUGGAUACUAUAUGCCGUAUAUCUCCAAUUUAUCAAAUUGAUUCUUUGAGGUGAGGAAAUCAUAGUCAAUACAAGCACACGAGACAAUGUGAAUUGUUUGGUUUGCUAUAAUGUGGUGUAACAAUUUACUGCUUGUCUUUGCCUGAAUAAACAAAAAACAUAUAUGGUUCAUCGUUUAUUGGUUGUUCCAUGAAUGAUGAUAACCUAAAGAAUCAGUUAACUUUUAAGGAUA